AUUUCACUAUAAUAAUAUGUCACCAACUCGAGCAGCCGGCUUAGUAAUAUUCAGAAACGUAAAUCAAGUGGUACAGUUUCUUAUGCUUCAAACAUCAUAUGGUGAAAACCACUGGACUCCUCCCAAAGGCCAUGUUGACCCUGGUGAAUCAGAUUGGGUUACAGCGUUAAGAGAAACCCAAGAAGAGGCAGGUUUAUCAGAACACGAAAUGGAGAUAUACAAAGAUAUAUCAAAAACCCUUAACUAUGAAGUAAAUGGAAAACCCAAAACUGUGGUCUACUGGUUAGCUAAGCUGAAAAACCCAGACCAUAAAGUUUAUUUAUCUGAAGAACAUCAAGACUUGAAGUGGUUGCCAUUACAACAGGCACAAGAAAUAGCAGGUUACAGUGACAUGAAAAUGCUUUUGCAGGAGUUCCAUGAAAAGGCCCAGAAAUUAAUAUAAAUGUUAAAAUUUAAUAAGAGAAGACGUAUGUAUGUAAUAAGAAAUACAUGUUAAAAGUUGAAU